AUGAUGAAGUCGACUUUUUUGGAAAACCUCGAACGGAUCAACAAGGAGCACUCGCAGUUGGCGGAGACUUUGAGCCAACAGAGGGUAUGUUUCCGCUGAACCUUUUGAUACUCAUCUUCAAUUUUCAGUCGGAGAUCGAGAAGAUAUCGACGGAAAAGGAGAACAUGACUCGUGCGUACAUGGGCUACAACGAAGCCGGAAACCAGUUCCGUGCAGAAGUCAGAAAAGUGGAAGAAAUGAACAAACGGCUACAUGAGUUCAUCCUGCAGACGGUUAGUAGUUAGGAGACAUUCCAUUUCAUCACUUUUCCCCACAAGAAGGUCAUUCGGUUGCUAGAAUGUUUCCUCGAUUCCCUUUGACUAAUAAGUGGGAAACCGAUCCCUUCAUCUGACCGCUUUUGUUUGCCGAGCGAAUGAGUAGUACGCAAAGAGUCGCCUUUCAGUUGGUUCCGCAGCUCAGCCAGGACAAUCAAGCACAAUGCGUCGCCGCGUUGGACGCCGUCAAAGUAUCUUCUCCGCGCGAGAAUGGAAACGGAGGACUGCCGCCGAAUCUGCCGCCCGCCGCUGCCGGACUCCUCGGAAUGUUUCCGAACAUGCCGUUCGGAAUGAAUCCUACAAUCGGACAGCUUUUCAGUCAAUUCGCACAGCCACAGACGAACGGCGGAGAGAACGGCGGAGGGGCCACCGGGGCGAGCGAAGCAAAGAAACCGAAACUGGAGGAUCCGGACGGAGAGCUCGAGAUUGACGUGACGAACGAUGACAAUCCGAGCACGACGUCAACCGGAGCAGCCAACAAGAAUGGACGGGACAGUACGAACAGCGUGGCCUCUUCUGGUGCAUCCACUCCGAGUAUCGCAUCGGCGAAACACGGAAGACCACAGGCGGCAGGACCAGCCCUGCAGUCACUCGAGCAGAUGAGUCUGUUCGCUGGAUUCAGUGAGUCCAUCCUUCUUCCCUUCUUCAUUUCAAAGCAUCCCUUUCAGAUCCGAACAUGCUCCGACAGGCUGGUGGCUUCAGUCAAAUGUUCAGUGAUCCACACACUCAGGCCCGUCUGGCUGCGGCCAUGGGACAGAUGGGAAACGGAGGCAGACCGGCAUACUCGUUCAGGAUUGUCGAUGGUUCCGGACCCACCCCGACCACGUUUCCACCGGAUGCACUGACCGGAGCGGGUAUUCCGAAGGGACUGAAGAAGAGAGUGGAUCUGAUGCACGGAGAAGUCGUCUGCGCCGCCACAAUCGCUCGUGAUAACAGUCGUGUGUACACCGGAGGAAAGGGAUGCGUCAAGAUCUGGGACGUCAGGGAUUCGGACACAGUGGUCAACCCGGGCACGAACAGAUCUCCACUCUCGACUCUCGAUUGCCUCAAGGAGAAUUACAUCCGCUCGUGCAAACUUUUCGAGGACGGAAACACCCUUCUGAUCGGAGGAGAAGCCAGCACUGUCGCUCUGUGGGACUUGACUACCGAGACCAGAACACUUGAUCUGGAGACGGGCUCGCAAGCGUGCUACGCCCUGGCCAUGUCCCCUGACGAGAAGCUUCUGUUCGCUUGCCUCGCCGAUGGAAACAUUCUGAUUUACGAUAUUCACAACAAACUGAAAGUCGGAACUCUUCCGGGCCACCAGGACGGCGCCUCGUGCCUCGAUCUCUCCCAGGACGGCUCCAAAUUGUGGUCGGGCGGUCUCGACAACUCGGUCCGUUGCUGGGACCUCGGAGAGCGGAAGGAGAUCGCGAAACACGACUUUGCUAGCCAAGUGUUCUCAUUGGGAUGCUGUCCGGAUGACGAGUGGGUGGCCGUCGGAAUGGAAAACAACUACGUGGAAGUGCUGUCGACGACGGCAAAGGAAAAGUAUCAGCUGACGCAGCACGAGUCUUGCGUUCUUUCUCUCAAGUUCGCUCACUCUGGAAAGUAUUUCGUCUCGACCGGAAAGGUUAGUUUCGCAUGUUCCCUCCCCCAUUCUUAUCGUUCAAAUUUCAGGAUAACGCCCUUCACGCUUGGCGUACUCCGUACGGAGCCUCCCUGUUCACUCUGAAAGAGAGCAGUUCGGUGCUCUCGUGCGACAUUUCCUUCGACGAUUCGCUUAUUGUCACCGGCUCCGGAGAGAAGAAAGCCACGCUUUACCAGGUCGAAUACCAUUCGCAGUGA